UACAUCGUACUAUUCUCUUGCAUCUGGCGAUGGACUACGAUUUCCGGAAGGGCGCAUCUCCUUAUGAUUCUUCUUCUGCCAUACCCAUGUACAGGCCCCCUUCAAGCUAUGGUGCCCAUGGCUCCCCUUCCUAUUACCCCGCUCCCAAUAGGAUCGCCCAUACCUCCGGACCUCCUGUUAGCCGCCCGCCUCCUGUUCCGACUACCUCAUCUUCGCCCUCAUCAAGUCUGGGUAUCAGGGUUGCCAUAAAGCCAGCAUACCGCAUAACCCCUCCUCCUCAACUCUCGCCACAAAUGGCUGAAAUUCCACGGUGCUCAUUCCUGUUUGACUUUGAGUUUGAAAGAAAAAUACUAGCAGAAGCAGAGAAGGAGAGUCAGAAUUGGAGCAAAAUUGCAACAGAAACCCCGUCUUCAUCAAAGCCUACAGAAUCUGGUACCCAGGAAUCUGCAGCGGACCAGCUCGUGAACAAAUAUGCUGCCUUAGGACUUAACCGUGAAGCAGUGUCUUUCGCUGUUGCAAACUAUGGUGACAAUGCAAACAAGGUUCGGGAGUUUGUAUCCUCCUAUAAUCUUCUUCGAGAAAUGGGUUUCGCUUCAACUAAUGUUGCCAGGGUUUUGGUGAUGUAUGACAAUGAUAGAGACAAGGCAUUAGCGCAUUUCCUUGGCAGUUCUGUAUAGUCCCUAGUUUUAUGUUCAAUAAUAUUUAGUUUCAGUGGGAAUAGUGUGUGGGAGGAAUGAAGAUUUUUUUUUUUAACAUUCAAAAAAAAGGAAAAGGAGUGAAGGUUUCUUCUUCUUUUUUGUCAAUUUUAAGUAAUUUGGUAUGAUGUGCGACCCAUCUGAUGAUAUAUGUAAAUGGCUUGAUCAAAAAAAUUAAUAUAUGCACAUGAGGAUUUGCUCUCGGUUUGGUAAAACUUUCUUUUUCAGCA